CUUCUUCUUAGCCUCGUCAGGGCACUCAUCCCCUUCCAGUUCGUGGCUGUGCGGAGCGGCGUCUCGCCAUGGAUGGCCUCCGGGCCUCGAGUUCUUCUUUGAGGAAGCAGAGUCAGGAUUGGUUCCUAAGGCUGAUGCGGGUGAUAUUUUGGGUGGCGGAAUCGAUGUUGUGGAGUCUGUGGUUGCUUCCAUUCAUGAAGGGCGCGAGCGCUCCUCUUAUGUGAUUUCUUCUGAGCCGAUGGACGGUGGCAGCGGUAAAUAGCAGUUCGGGGUGGUGGACGCGAAUCUCGGCUCAUACAUAAACGGUGGGAGUGAGAUCAUUGGUGACUCAAACGAUAUGGCGGCUCAAAAAACGUCCAUUGCAUCUAUGGAAGAGGAGGGAGAUGCAGAAGGGGUCGUCGUGAAGAAAUCAAAGGCCUCCUGUUGGACUCGACGUGUUAGAAUUGGCAACGCGCCAGAAGAGAGGGAUGCCAACCCAAGCAGAGUCCCUGCCCUCGAGGCUUCAAUAAGAGCUUAUGCAGACAACAAGGUUAUGACGAAGAUGAGGUGGCCACUACCGUAUACACGGUUGUGCCGGUGGAGGAUCCGGCGCGGGUUGGGCUUCUUCCGGACGAGAGGAAGGAAUUGGUGCGCCGUGUCGUUCACCGGAGAAAUGCGGCAUCGGCGGUCAGGCCGUGGAAGGGACCUUUACCUAAGGUCAUAUUCCGAACUACGGCACUGAUCCGUUCGUGGUCGCUACUCACCCAGACGGAGGCCAGGGAGCAUUUGGUUACUGGGUC